UGUAUUCAAUUUGUUUAAUUCUAUCUAUUUUGGUGUUUUUACAUUCCCCACAAUUUAAAGGGAAUUAAAAUUUUGUUAAAUUAACUGUACAAAUUCAAUGGGAAAGGGCAUCGGUACUGAAAACUACUACGACAUUUUAAAUGUUAGUAGCGAUUGCAGCGACAAAGAGAUAAAAACUGCCUAUGUACAACUCUCGAAGAAGUUUCAUCCUGAUGUAAAGGGAGUGAAAACAGAUACGCAACAGACGGCACAGUUUUUGAAAAUCGCUGAGGCAUAUCAGACACUAAGUAAACCAAAACUACGUAUUGAAUAUGAUCAAAACUUGCAAGCUGUUCAAUCUAUGAGAGUCUAUGAGACAAGCAGUUCCACAAAAACUGAACUUCACAGGCCUUGGGAAAUAAAGCCAAACUAUGAUCCAAAUCCGGGACCAUAUUAUGGAAUAAAAGGUCUAAAUAAAACUACAAAUUCCAGAGUGGCUUUAGUGCUUAUAGUUUUGGGAAUAUUUGGUGGAGUAUUUGGUAUUGCUUCCGUUAGACAGUCUUUUUCAAUGAAUCAAAGACAAUUGGACGAAAUAUCAGCUAAAGCGAAUGAACAUCAUCAGAAAAUUCGUUCUGAUGUUGAAAAAUACAGUAAGGAUGAACAACUUCGACGUGUUAUCGAUCGCAUAGCAGCAAAUCAAGUUGAUAGAUAGAAUCAUAAUUUCUACCUCGUUCACAAGAUGAAGAAUUAAAUCGCGUAGUUUAUAUAAUCAUCAAUUGUAUAGUAGUGACAUUUUUCAUAGACAAAUGGAUAUAUUUUUGUAAAUUUUAUUUAUUUCGGAGCAG